AUGCAAGAUGAUCAACAAUCGAGUUGCUAUCCCUUAUGGAACUCCGCUGAUGCAUCCUUCUCACGAUGUGCUCUGCCGUACAUUGCAUCUGUCCCAGCACUUGUAAUCGUGUUCAUUGCGAUCAAGUACCUGCUCGGCAGUCGCUAUCUAUACAGAUGGCGGCCAAGAUGGACUCAGCCAUUUGUUGUAGAAGAGGAAAAUACGACAGAUGAGUUUCCGGUCGCACGUCAACGGCCUUCACUCAAGGCCUGGGCUCUUUUUGUACUUACCGUCAUUGGUCUCGGCGCUGAGAUUGUGCAGCUUGCGAAGAUACCUUUCUUUGGCAACGUUAUGCUCACAGUGGCCUGGUGUCUUGCCGCUAUUGUACUAGCUACUAAAAGACCACGAACAGCCCCUACAGCAUUACUCAUAUUCUAUGCAUUGGCUUUUCUAGUACAAUAUCCUGUCUUCAACGCUGGCGGCAACGGCUCUCUUUUAAGUCUCAUUGUACAUGAAUCAGUCAUCGCAGCUGCAGUGCUAUCAAUCAUCAUCAUUCUAUCAAUGCCAACUCGAGAUCCUACUUUACCAAAAGAAGGCAUCGGUAGAGUAGGCGGAACAUCAUCAGACGACCUGCGUAGUCCCGAGGAUGACCUGACCUUGUGGCAAUUCUUCACCAUCUCAUGGAUGUCACCUCUUAUUUCCGUCGGCCGGAAACGGAAGAUAAAUGAGGACGAUGUUUGGCUUCUAGGAUUCGAGUUUCAGCAUAGAAGGCUACACGAAAAGUUUCGGCAGCUUCGGGGAUCUGUUUUGAGACGCUUACUGCGAGCUAAUGGGAUCGACAUAUUUAUUCUUAGCAGUAUCUCCCUUGUACAGAUGGCUUGCAAUUUUUCUUCGCCCCUUCUCCUGCAGCAACUCCUGAAAGUGUUGUCUGACGAAAUCAGUGACAAAAGAGUAGCCAUGGUUUACGCAGCUAUCAUGUUGCUCAUACGGCUGCUGUCUGCGCAAAUCCAAGUGCUGAACCUCUGGUAUGGUCGAAGAUGUUACGAGCGAAGUAGAGGAGAAAUGGUCAUGAUGGUUUAUGAGAAAGCGUUGUCACGGAAGAAUACAUUCGGCCAGAAAGUGUCGACCAAAGAAGAACCAGAGAAUGGCACCGCAAGAAAUGGGCAUGCAAAUGGAAACAGCGAGGGAGAGCAAAGCAAAAAGAACAGAAAACUCUGCGGUCUAAUUCCGUGGAAGAGCAAAGACCAGAAAAAAGAAGUCGAAAAAGAAACCGCAUCCAUGGGCAAGAUUUUCAACCUCCUUCGAGGCGAUGUGUACGAAGUAUCACAGCGGUUUUGGGAAAUCAGUGAACUCAUCGAUAAGCCCAUCGGUCUCGUCAUUGCUGUUGUACUUGUCUGGGACCUGUUUGGACCUUCAUGCUUCUUGGGCGUACUAACCGUUGUCUUCUCUCAAGUCAUCAACGCCUUCAUCACUCGCUAUGUUCUGCGAUGGGGGCGGAUCCGCCGAGCCGUGACGGAUGCUCGAUUGCAGAUUUCGUCGCAAUUUGUGGAAGCACUUCGCCAUCUUCGCUGGUAUGGAUGGCAAAACCACUGGCUUCGGCAGGUCAUGGAAGCUCGUGACAAGGAGUUGAAAAUACAGAUUAUUACGAGCUUGUUGCAGAUUGCGAUUGCGUUCAUUGAGGUUUUUAGCAGUGGAGUGUUUCCUGUGGCUGCUUUGUACGGUUAUACGAUACUCGCAGGUCGACCCUUGAGUAUUGAUGUCAUCUUUCCAGCGCUCCAGCUCUUUACUAUGUUGGAAGAGCGGUUGCAAGAGAUUCCAUCCUUGAUCACAAUGUUUAUCAAUGCUUCUAUUGCGAUGGGUAGAAUCGAGGACUUUAUGGAAGAGCCGAACAAGGAGACAAAGACUGGGGAGACGGUGUCGGAAUCUUCACCAAUCAUGCUGGAAGACUGUUCGUUUGCUUGGCCUGGAAAGCAUGAUUCAGUCUUAUCAGAUGUCAGUCUGACUAUUCCGCAAGGCUUGACGGUCGUCUGUGGCGUGGUGGGUGCUGGAAAGUCUGCACUAUUGCAAGCUCUACUUGGCGAACUCGAUGAACUGAAAGGCGUUUCUCAUCUGCCGAACGAAAUGGUCGGAUACUGUGCCCAAACACCAUGGCUGCAGAGUAUGAGCAUUCGCGACAAUAUCCUAUUUUCGUCACCAUACAACGAGCAAAGGUACAAGCGUGUCCUCGAGGCCUGCGCCUUGGUGCCCGAUCUAGCCAACUUUGCGCAUGGUGACUUGUCGUUUAUAGGCGAGAAUGGCAUCGGAUUGUCCGGCGGACAAAAGGCGCGAGUGGCUCUUGCAAGAGCAGUUUACAGCACAGCUAGGGUUCUACUUCUGGAUGAUCCGUUGUCUGCGCUUGACCACAAUACAGCCGAAUCCAUCGUACGCAAAUGUCUGCUCGGACCAUUGAUGCAAGAUCGUACCAUUGUACUCGUUACACACCGUGUGUCCCUGGUGCAAUCCCAUGCUGACCAGAUCGUGGAAGUCGCCGGAGGCAAGGUUCGAAGCGUUGGAAAGCAGGAUAUUUCCGCCGUCCGGGAUGUCUACGAGGAUGAUACACAACAUGCGGACAAUGAGCAGACGGAGGAUGAAGUCUCGGCGGUAGUUGCAGAUAAAUUCAUCGAAGAAGAACAUCGAGCAGACUGGGGUGUGCAGACUCGCGUGUACUGGGCUUAUAUCAAAGCCGGAGACCUCAAAUGGUGGGCACUUCUUGUCAUAACCAUUACGCUUCACCGCGGCCUCGCUAUCCUGCAGUCCUGGUUCCUCAAGGAAUGGGGUGAAGCGUACAGUCAAUUUAUGGUCGUGCCCAGUUAUACGGACCUGAGAGCAAAAUGGAGUGAUCAGUGGGCAAUAAUGGGAGGUGUCCCGGCUGUUGCCAGCCAGAACAAUGUCAGCAUGCGCAGUUGGCCACUCGACCGUGACCAUAUCCCUUCUCCAGCUGACGAUGUUCGUCCUUGGUUGGCUCUAUAUUUUGGAUUUGCCGUUGUUCGAGCUGUGAUUAUGCUCAUAGCACGAUUAUUGAUGCUAGCGAUUGUUUACUGUGCUGGAAGAACCAUGUUCAAAGAAGUCAUGCAACGCGUCAGCCGCGCCACUUUCCGAUUCUUUGACGUGACCCCGGUCGGCCGCUUGAUGAAUCGUCUGACGUCUGAUAUCGGUACGGUCGACCGCAACAUCAGUCUUCAAUUUACAGGAAUAGCAUUCCAGAUAAUCAUUUGGGUCUCUUCGAUUAUCGUCAUUGCUUCAGUGACUCCUGUUUUUCUUGUUUUUGCAAUGAUACUGACAGCCUGCUUUGUGAUCAUAUUCUUAUGGUUUCUACCACUUUCGCAAAGUUUGCGCAGAUUAGAAAUGGUGUCUUUGAGUCCACUGCUCUCUAAUUUCGGCGAGUUGCUGCAUGGAUUGACUACUGUGCGCGCUUUUCACGCCGAGGUACGUUUCCAAGACCGCGUUAUCCAGGUCGUGGAUAAGUUUCAAGGCAUGGAUCACUUCUACUGGUCCCUUCAGAGCUGGUUGUCGUAUCGCUUCGAAGCAUUGUCAAGUAUCUCCACCUUUUUACUGACUGCCUUGGCACUGUACACGGAUGUUUCAGCCGGCAUGGUCGCUUUCCUCUUGGUGACAGCCAACAACUUCGUCAGCGCGACCCAUGCUCUAUGUCGACAAUACGGUCAACUUCAAAUGGACUUUGUCUCCGUGGAACGUAUCGACGAAUUACGCCACGUUGAAAUUGAGCCGGAAGGUGAAAUCGAUCCACCAGCCUACUGGCCGCGGUUCGGAAGCGACAUCAUCUUUGACAACGUCACAAUCCGCUACGCACCGCAUCUCGAGCCAUCUUUGAAUGAUAUAUCAGCCACCAUCCCUGGCGGUUCCACGGCCGCAAUAAUUGGACGCACAGGCAGCGGAAAAUCAACUCUAGCGUUGAGCUUACUAGGCGUCCUACAACCAGACAAGGGGCAAAUCCUCAUCGACAACAUCGACAUCAGCAAAGUCAACAAACAAUCCCUACGCACACGCAUCACAUUCGUCGCCCAGGACCCGAUACUGUUUCCAGGCAGCAUCAGAAAAAACCUCGACCCAACCGAUGAAUUCUCAGACAACGAAUGCGCCGAGGCCCUACAACGCAUCUGCGCGCGUCACGGCUGGACACUAGACUUCCAAAUUGAAGCCGGAGGCCGCAACCUGAGUCAGGGACAACGACAGCUCAUUGGUCUGACGCGAGCGGCGUUGAGGCGUAGCCCUAUUGUGAUAUUGGACGAGGCGACGGCAUCAAUUGAUCAUGAGACGUCCCUGGAAAUUCAAAAGAUAAUUCGUGAGGAGAUGAGGGAGAGUACGGUGAUUACGAUUGCCCAUCGGUUGGAGGCGAUUAGUGAUGCGGAUUAUUCUGUUGUGUUGGAUAAGGGCAGGAUUGAGAGGGAGGGGCGGGKUUAA